GCCCUUGGGCCUGAGCGGGGAGCUGAUAGGUAAAGGUUUGGUUGCAGAGCAGUCUCCUUCAGCUCGCCCUCCAGCCGGUGACGCCUGCCCUGACAGUGUGGCGUGACAUACACCUCCAAUAAAACAAUUUCAGCUUUUAAUAACUCUUCCUCCAACCGUCGCGAUGGCCGUGCCCCCUGCAUAUGCUGAUCUGGGCAAGUCUGCCAAGGACAUCUUCGACAAAGGCUAUGGAUUUGGUGUGGUGAAGCUUGACGUGAAGACAAAGUCAGCUAGUGGAGUGGAAUUCAAAACAUCUGGCUCCUCCAACACUGAUACCAGCAAGGUUUCUGGUACCCUGGAAACCAAAUACAAGAGAGCCGAAUAUGGUCUGACCUUCACCGAGAAGUGGAACACUGACAACACAUUGGGAACCGAAAUCACAAUUGAAGAUCAGAUUGCAAAGGGACUGAAGUUGACUUUUGACACAACCUUCUCACCAAACACCGGCAAGAAAAGUGGGAAGGUGAAGGCUGCCUACAAGCGCGAGUACGUCAACCUGGGCUGCGACGUCGACUUCGACUUUGCCGGUCCUACGAUCCACGGAAAUGGCGUUGUCGGCUACGAGGGUUGGCUCGCCGGUUACCAGAUGAGCUUCGACACGGCCAAAUCCAAAAUGAUCCGAAACAACUUUGCUAUCGGCUACAAGACCGGAGACUUCCAGCUGCAUACAAACGUCAAUGAUGGAUCUGAGUUUGGUGGCUCAAUUUACCAGAAGGUGAGCGACAAGCUAGAAACGGCGGUGAGUCUGGCAUGGACCGCCGGCAGCAACAGCACCCGCUUCGGCAUCGGAGCCAAAUACCAGCUGGACAAAGACGCUUCCAUCAGUGCUAAAGUGAACAACAACAGCCUUGUUGGUGUUGGUUACACUCAAACUCUCAGACCAGGUGUCAAACUCACCCUGGCCGGCCUGGUCGACGGGAAGAACAUCAACGCAGGAGGCCACAAACUGGGUCUGGGCUUGGAAUUGGAAGCCUAAGGUUUUCUCAAACUGCAAGGGACUAGGGAAUAUCACAAGAAUCUGGCCUUAAAUGUAUGUCCAACUCAAUCCGGCAAGGAGAUACCUGGAGAGAUUGUUUCAAAGGCAACGGCACCAUGUCAGGCUGGUGACUUUUCAUCAGUGCAUUCAACUUUUGCUGUUUUUUUCCUUUGCAAAAGUCAGUGGUUGGGUUAUUAUUUAUAAAUCACUUGUUUCCAAUGAAACACUGCCGUAAUAAUUGCAUCAUGUUUGUCGCCAUCAAGGUGCGUCUUAGUUGUGAUAAUUCCAGGCACUCCAUUAUUUUAUUUAAUUUUAAAACCUCUCUAUCAUGUGACGGCAUUAGUUUGAUGUCCAGAAUUGUCAGAUUUUUCCAUCCGUAAUGUCUGAUAUUCCUCGUCAUCCGACAGUGAUCAAUUCCAAAGCUUCUGAACUACACUAGACUUUUCCUUCUGGCUUCUAUUUAAGUAUUGCUGCAUCCUCCCUGCUCGUGCACGCACCGACAGAAACCAAGACGGUUUUUAUGUUCUGGUAAAGCUGCACACGUGACCCUUCCUUUAACAAAGCAGUCUUUGGGUUGGUUUUAGAACGUUUGGGAGAAAUCUGUGCUUACGGUUGAACCAGGCAGACCUUAUUGUUUCUUUUACUCAGCAAUUGAUUGGGGGCGGGGAGUCGCAUAAUUAUGAUGAUGAUGCCAAACUCUUCUCAAUAGAAGGUGUAACUUAAAGCUGCGUACGCGCACUCUCAAGCUGCUUCCCUGUUCUGGGUGGAGACGGGAAGUCUUGGAGGUCCUUAUAAGUAUGUCAACAUUUUCAAUAAAGUCUUUGAACUCCA